AUGUCUGGCUACGAAGCGGGCGGCCAUUAUGAUGAUGGCUACGCCCAGGCAGGUCAUGGCGACGCCUAUUAUCAGGACGAGCAUGGACAUGAACAAGAGCAUGCCCAGGGCUACUACGACAACCAAACAUAUGGUGAUGGAUACUACGAUAGAGGAGGGGAAUACUACGAGGGCGAGCACCCGCAGGGAUAUGCCGAUGGCGGCCACGCUGCUUCGCCAGCUGCCCAGGGCGGAUAUUACGAAGGUCAACAGGAGGAAUAUUACGGAGAUCAACAAUAUUAUGAUCAGGGUCAAGAGCAGGGUCAGGCCCGCGGCCGUCGUGGCGAUUCCGAGGAAGAUUCCGAGACCUUCAGCGACUUCACCAUGAGAUCGGAAACUGCCCGUGCAGCGGAUAUGGAUUACUAUGGUCGUGGUGACGAGCGUUACAACAGUUACGCGGACAGUCAAUACGGUCGUGGUGGAUAUGGUGGCUACCGACCUCCUUCAUCGCAGGUUUCCUACGGUGGAAACCGAUCGUCCGGUGCGUCUACACCCGUCUAUGGCAUGGAAUACGGAAACGCGUUGCCGGCUGGCCAGCGUUCGCGGGAGCCAUAUCCGGCCUGGACUUCCGAUGCUCAGAUUCCUCUUUCCAAGGAGGAGUUGGAAGACAUUUUCCUUGAUUUGGUCAACAAGUUUGGUUUCCAAAGAGACAGCAUGCGUAACAUGUACGACCAUAUGAUGACCCUCCUCGAUUCGCGUGCUUCUCGUAUGACCCCGAAUCAGGCCUUGUUGUCCUUGCACGCCGACUACAUCGGUGGACACAACGCCAAUUACCGCCGUUGGUACUUUGCCGCUCACCUGGAUCUCGAUGAUUCUGUUGGUUUUGCCAACAUGAAGCUCGGAAAGGCCGACCGCAAAACCCGCAAGGCUCGCAAGGCCGCCCAAAAGGCCGCCAAAGAAAACCCAGAGAAUGAAGAGGAGACCCUCGAGGCUCUGGAAGGCGACAACAGCUUGGAAGCGGCCGAAUACCGCUGGAAGUCUCGCAUGAACCGCAUGUCUCAGCAUGAUCGUGCCCGUCAAGUGGCUUUGUAUCUGCUCGUGUGGGGUGAAGCUAACCAGGUUCGAUUUUUGCCUGAGUGCAUUUGCUUCAUUUUCAAGUGUGCCGACGACUACUUCUCUUCCCCAGAGUGCCAGGCUCGUGUGGAACCCGUUGAGGAGUUCACUUACCUCAACGAAAUCAUCACGCCCCUUUACCAGUACUGCCGUGACCAGGGAUACGAAAUCCUGGACGGCAAGUAUGUGCGUCGGGAGCGUGACCACAACGAGAUCAUUGGUUACGAUGACAUGAACCAGCUUUUCUGGUACCCCGAGGGCAUUGAGCGUAUUGGAUUUGAGGACAAGACCCGUUUGGUCGAUUGCCCCCCCGGCGAGCGCUGGCCCAAGUUGAAGGACGUUGUAUGGAAUAAGGCGUUCUUCAAGACCUACAAGGAAACUCGUUCCUGGUUCCACAUGGUGACCAACUUCAACCGCAUUUGGGUGAUUCACUUGUGUGCCUUCUGGUUUUUCACUGCAUACAACGCCCCUACUCUCUACACCGACCACUAUACCCAACAAGCGAACAACAAACCCAGCACCGCCAAGUACCUAGGCGCGGUCGGCUUUGGUGGAGCACUCGCGGCCUUCAUUCAGAUCUUUGCUACCAUUUGCGAGUGGAUUUACGUCCCCCGUCAAUGGGCCGGAGCCCAGCAUCUGAACAAGCGUUUCUGGUUGCUGAUUAUCGUGUUUAUUGUGAACCUCGUUUUCCCUGUCAUCAUUUUCUGGUUCCUCAGUUAUUUCCCGGAGAGCUCCCGGAGCACUAUCGGUACGAUUCUUGGAAUUGUCUCCUUCGUCUUGGCUGUUAUAACCGCCGCCUUCUUCGCCAUUCAGCCCUUGGGCGGUCUGUUCGGAAGUUACAUGAAGAAGACAGGUCGCAAGUACGUGGCCAGUCAGACAUUCACGGCUAGUUUCCCCCGUCUCUACGGCAAUGACAUGUGGAUGUCCUAUGGCCUGUGGGUUUGCGUUUUUGGUGCUAAGCUGGCCGAGUCUUACUUCUUCUUGACUCUUUCGCUCAAGGACCCUAUUCGUAUUCUCUCCCCUAUGACCAUCUGGGAGUGCACUGGUGUCUACUGGGUUGGCAACGUUCUGUGUCACAAGCAACCCCAGAUCCUGCUGGGUCUCAUGUUCUUCAUGGACUUGACCCUUUUCUUCCUGGAUAGUUACCUGUGGUACAUUAUUUGUAACACCAUCUUCUCCGUGGCCCGGUCAUUCUACCUUGGUGUCUCCAUCUGGUCGCCUUGGCGAAACAUCUUCUCCCGUCUGCCUAAGCGUAUCUAUUCCAAGGUCCUCGCAACCACAGACAUGGAGAUCAAGUACAAGCCCAAGGUCCUGAUUUCGCAAGUGUGGAAUGCUAUUAUCAUUUCCAUGUACCGGGAACAUCUCUUGGCCAUCGACCACGUCCAGAAGCUCCUCUACCACCAGGUCCCAUCCGAGCAAGAAGGCAAGCGCACCCUCCGUGCCCCCACCUUCUUCGUCUCCCAAGAGGAUCAGUCCUUCAAGACCGAAUUCUUCCCGGCUGGUAGUGAGGCUGAGCGCCGUAUCUCCUUCUUUGCCCAGUCUUUGUCGACACCCAUGCCCGAGCCUUUGCCCGUUGAUAACAUGCCCACUUUCAGUGUUCUUAUCCCUCACUACAGUGAAAAGAUUCUGCUCUCUCUGCGUGAAAUUAUUCGUGAGGACGAGCCUUACUCACGUGUGACCCUCCUGGAAUAUCUCAAGCAACUGCACCCGCACGAGUGGGACUGCUUCGUCAAGGACACUAAGAUUUUGGCUGACGAGACCUCGCAAUUCAACGGUGAUGUUAACGAGAAGGGCGAGAAGGAUGCUCAGAAGAGCAAGAUUGAUGAUCUGCCCUUCUACUGCAUUGGUUUCAAAUCUGCUGCUCCCGAGUACACCCUCCGAACCCGUAUCUGGGCUUCCCUGCGUUCCCAGACCCUCUACAGAACUGUCUCUGGUUUCAUGAACUACAGCCGUGCCAUCAAGCUGCUUUACCGCGUUGAGAACCCUGAAGUUGUUCAGAUGUUCGGUGGUAACUCGGAGAAGCUGGAACGUGAGCUGGAGCGCAUGGCUCGUCGCAAGUUCCGUAUCUGUGUUUCCAUGCAGCGUUACGCCAAGAUGACCAAGGACGAGCGCGAAAACACCGAGUUCCUUCUGCGUGCCUACCCCGAUCUCCAGAUUGCCUACCUUGAUGAGGAGCCCCCAGCCACCGAGGAAGAGGAGCCUCGUCUGUACUCUGCCUUGAUUGAUGGUCACUGUGAAAUCCUUGAGAACGGAAUGCGCAAGCCCAAGUUCAGAAUUCAACUCUCCGGUAACCCGAUUCUUGGUGACGGAAAGUCCGACAAUCAGAACCACGCCAUCAUCUUCUACCGUGGUGAAUACAUCCAGUUGAUUGACGCCAACCAGGACAACUACCUGGAAGAAUGUCUAAAGAUUCGCAGUGUUUUGGCCGAGUUUGAGGAGUUGACCACUGACAACGUUUCCCCUUACACACCUGGUAUUGCCUCCCCGGAGACCACCCCUGUUGCCAUUCUUGGAGCCCGUGAAUACAUUUUCUCCGAGAAUAUUGGUGUACUUGGUGAUAUUGCUGCUUCCAAGGAACAGACAUUCGGUACUCUGUUCGCACGAACAUUGGCCCAGAUCGGUGGUAAGCUCCACUAUGGUCAUCCUGAUUUCCUCAAUGCUACUUUCAUGACAACUCGUGGUGGUGUGUCCAAGGCUCAGAAGGGUCUUCACUUGAACGAGGAUAUUUAUGCUGGUAUGACCGCUCUCCUGCGUGGUGGACGUAUCAAGCAUUGCGAGUACUACCAGUGUGGUAAGGGUCGUGAUUUGGGUUUCGGUUCCGUUCUGAACUUCACUACAAAGAUUGGAACAGGUAUGGGUGAACAGAUGUUGUCUCGAGAGUACUACUACCUCGGAACCCAGCUUCCUUUGGAUCGCUUCCUUUCGUUCUACUACGCUCACCCUGGUUUCCAUAUCAACAACAUGUUCAUCAUGUUGUCUGUCCAGAUGUUCAUGAUUGUGUUGAUCAACUUGGGUGCUCUCAAGCACGAAACCAUCAUCUGCCGUUACAACUCCAACCUCCCUGUCACCGACCCUCUCUUGCCUACCUACUGUGCUGAUCUCCACCCCAUUGUCAACUGGGUUAACCGUUGUGUUAUCUCCAUUUUCAUCGUGUUCUUCAUCUCCUUGGUUCCGCUUGCUGUCCAAGAAUUGACUGAACGUGGUGUCUGGCGCAUGGCUACUCGUCUGGCCAAGCACUUCGGAUCCAUGUCAUUCAUGUUCGAAGUCUUCGUUUGUCAGAUCUAUGCUCAGGCCGUUCACCAGAAUUUGUCGUUCGGUGGUGCCCGUUACAUCGGUACUGGUCGUGGUUUCGCUACAGCCCGUAUUCCUUUCGGUGUUCUGUACUCGCGAUUCGCUGGUCCGUCAAUCUAUGCCGGUGCUCGCCUGUUGAUGAUGUUGCUCUUCUCUACUUCGUCUGUCUGGACCCCAGCCCUGCUUUGGUUCUGGGUAUCACUGCUGGCGUUGAUCAUCUCGCCCUUCAUCUUCAACCCUCACCAAUUUGCGUGGAACGAUUUCUUCAUCGACUACCGCGAUUAUCUCCGCUGGCUCUCGCGUGGUAACUCCAGAUCGCACGCUUCUUCCUGGAUUGGUUUCUGUCGUCUUUCGCGUACCCGUCUCACUGGUUACAAGCGCAAGGUGCUUGGUGUUCCAUCCGAGAAGAACUCUGGCGACAUCCCCCGAGCCCGCUUUACCAACAUUUUCUUCAGCGAGAUCAUUGCUCCGCUUGUCGUUGUCGCUGUGACUUUGAUCCCUUACUUGUUCAUCAACUCGCGAACCAUGUACAGCAACAGCACCGCCUAUGCGCCCAACGCCAUUCUGCGCAUCGUUCUCUGUGCUCUGGCCCCUGUCGCUAUCAACGCCGGUGUCGCUGGUAUGUUCUUCGGCAUGGCUUGCUGUAUGGGCCCCCUCUUCAGCAUGUGCUGCAAGAAGUUCGGUUCUGUUCUCGCUGGUAUUGCCCACGCAAUCGCUGUCAUUAUCCUCAUUGUCUUCUUUGAGGUCUUGUUCGUCUUGGAAUCUUUCAACUGGGCCAGAACCAUGUCUGGCCUUGUCGCCAUGAUGGCCAUCCAGCGCUUCAUCUACAAGUUGAUCAUUUCACUCUGCCUGACUCGUGAGUUCAAGCACGAUCAAUCCAACAUCGCCUGGUGGACUGGUAAAUGGUACAACAUGGGUUGGCACUCUAUGUCUCAACCCGGACGUGAGUUCUUGUGUAAGAUCACCGAGCUGGGUUACUUCGCCGCGGACUUUGUUCUCGGUCACAUCAUCCUGUUCUUCAUGCUACCGGUUCUUGCCAUUCCAUACGCGGACAAGUUCCACUCCGUCACUCUCUUCUGGCUGCGCCCCAGCCGUCAAAUCCGUCCUCCUAUUUACUCCCUGAAGCAGUCUAAGCUCCGCAAGAGACGCGUGGUUCGUUUCGCAAUUCUCUACUUCGCCAUGCUUAUUCUCUUUAUUGUCCUCCUUGUGGCCCCGAUUCUUCUCCACAACAUGGAGCAUAUCUCCAAGAGCUUCCUCGACACUCUCUGGGGACAAAUCGGUGUCAACGGUAAAAACAGCCCGAUGAUGUAUCUUCUGCAGCCCAUGGACAAGGGACUUAACGACACCGUUUCCUACUAUACUGGCAGUAAUUUGCCAGAAGGCUACACUGCCUCUACUGGUGUUACACCCGCUACCACUGGUACCGAUGCUACCUACUUGCGGAAGUUGAUUUGA